AUGGAGAGAGAGGGGAAAGAGAAGGAGAAGAGGACCUACGGCCAGGAGCAGAAUGCUCUGCCUCCAUUGGCCACGUGGAGGAGGCCCCAUCAGUUCCCCAGGUGGGGCCACCCCAGGCCCUCACCCCAGCCAGCCAUUUCCAUGCCUGUCCAGCACCUAGCUGACUCACAGCUGGACUCCCACCCUGCUGGGGAGAGUGACUACUCCAGCUGUGAGGAGGUGUGGAUGUCCAGCCACAGCAAAGCCAGCCCCCUAGGACAUCAUGAUGGGAGAGGACUGGACCAUAGCCACACCAGGCAUGGGGGGUUUCCUGGUGAGGCAUUGAGACUGAGACCUAGACUGAGACAGAGGGCAGCACCACCAAGUGCUGAGAAACUGCAUGGCAGGGAUAGAGGAAGUGGAGAGGGCUUUGGAGAAGAGCCUCAGGAGAAGAGGGGGACUGAAAGAGGGAUUGAAGCAAAUGAAGGAAUGGGAGAAGAGUUGGAAGAGGAGAAGAGGGAGGGUCCUGAGCGGAGAGGACACUCUGGUAAGUAGUCCUAGAAUGUGAAAUGUAAACAGGACUUGGACAUUGAUAUGUGUUUAUAAAGUGUUUAUAUUUGUUUAUAUAUGUGUUUUUAUAUACAGUAUAUAUAUAUAUAUAUAUAUAUAUUCUUUAUAAGUUAUAUUCUUCAAUAAUCAAUGUGUACAUAUCAUUCAUUUAUAAGUCAUUCAUUUAUAAGUCAUACCCCAUCAGAACCCAAAAUGCAACCUUGUUUUACUCCAAUGUUUGUAAACAAAGUAAUGUACAAACACCAUAUAGCCUCAAAACAUGGUUAAAACUAUAAUUUAAUAAACAGGCGCCUCACAGGUCGUCAACUGGCAGCUUCAUUAAAUAGUACCCGCAAAACACCAGUCUCAAAAGCCAUAUUUCAGACUGCCCAUCUUAAUCUUUUAUUUGUAUUGGCCAGUCUGAGAUAUGGCUUUUUCUCUGCAACUCUGCCUAGAAGGUCAGCAUCCCGGAGUCGCCUCCUCACUGUUGACAUUGAGACUGGUGUUUUGCGGGUACUAUUUAAUGAAGCUACCAGUUGAGGACAUGUGAGGCGUCUGUUUCUCAAACUAGACACUCUAAUGUAUUUGUCCUCUUGCUCAGUUGUGCACUGGGACCUCCCACUCCUCUUUCUAUUCUGGUUAGAGCCAGUUUGCGCUGUUCUGUGAAGGGAGUAGUACACAGCGUUGUACGAGAUCUUCAAUUUCUUGGCAAUUUCAUUUCUCAGAACAAGAAUAUGCUGACGAGUUUCAGAAGAAAGUUAUUUGUUUCUGGCCAUUUUGAGCCUGUAAUCGAACCCACAAUUGCUGAUGCUCCAGAUACUCAACUAGUCUCAAGAAGGCCAGUUUUAUUGCUUCUUUAAUCAGCACAACCGUUUUCAGCUGUGCUAACAUAAUUGCAAAAGGGUUUUCUAAUGAUCAAUUAGCCUUUUAAAAUGAUAAACUUGGAUUAGCAAACACAAUGUGCCAUUGGAACACAGGACUGAUGGUUGCUGAUAAUGGGCCUCUGUACGCCUAUGUAGAUAUUCCAUAACAAAUUAGCAGUUUCCAGCUACAAUAGCCGUUUACAACAUUAACAAUGUCUACACUGUAUUUCUGAUCAAUUUGAUGUUAUUUUAAUGGACAAAAAAAAUGAUUUUCUUUCGAAAACAUGGACAUUUCUAUGUGACCCCAAACUUUUGAACGGUAGUGUAUGUCCAUUGUACAUCUCUCUGUUUGUAUUUCUCCAGUAGACUUCCACACUAGUGUACACCAAGGUGAGGAGGGAGGACAGCCAGAGGGGAGAAAGAGCUCAGGGGAGCUGCAGAAGAAAGAGGAGAGACAGUUGGGGAGAUGCUCAGCCCUGACUUCUCCCCAUGCUGGGGAACCAGAUGAGGUGAUUCCUGGACCCUCCUGCUCAGCUCCUACACCAUCGACCCAAAUGCAGUGGCAGGCCAGUCCCUGGUCUCAGCAAGUAGCUAGGCCGCAAGCUGGAGAGGAAGACUACAGAAGAGAAGACGACAAAGAAGAUGACGAGGAGGAAGUGGACUUUGGCCGAUUUGCGGAUGGUGCCUUUCGAAGGGAAACCUAUGAUGAGAUUGAGGAUGGCACCGGACAGGUUUCUCAGAGACCCUUAGUACCUGCCUGUCCUGAUGACAAUGACUUUGUCCUGGGGGCCCCAGAGUUGAACUGGCCCAAUGGGGCAAACAUGACCCAUGGUGGUGGUACCCCAACCCCCACCUCCAGCUGCCACCUGUCCCCAUCCCCUGCUCCAUUCCCCCCUUCCUCCUCACCCCCCAUCCCAUCUUCCUCCUCGUCCGUCUCCCUUGCCGGGGCCCCUUACACAGGAAAAGUGCACUUCUGCCACUGUGGGAAGGCCUACACACUGAAGAGUAUGCGCGACCGCCACGUCAAGAUGCAGCACCUCAACCUGCGGCCCUUCGCUUGCCCCGUGUGCGCCAAGAGCUUCAAGAUGAAGCACCACCUGACCAAGCACCUGAAGACCCACGGCGGGCUGCGGCCCUAUGAGUGUGGCCUGUGUGGGAAGAAGGUCAUCUGGAGGGACAGUUUCCUGCGCCACCAGGCCCGCUGUGAGAGACUGGCCGCCAGCUAUGAUGGAGCCGCUGCCAGUAGUAACACCACAGAGGCCGCUGACAUGGAUGAUGGUUAUGCCUAUGGGUUCGAGGAGGGGGAGGUUUAUUUUUCACAGGGAGGGCAGGUGAAAGUGGAGCAGGCAGACUUUCAAGGGGAGGCAGAGUCUGGGAUGAGUGCGUUGUUAGGGGGUGAGGUUGGGGCUGAAAUAGGCUCUCAGUCAAGGACUGUGGUUAGUCACAGCUUUAAGGAGGAAGCCAGUGACAGGUUUAGUAGCUGA